AUGCGUCGCGUCGUUGGCGCUCGAUGCGCGACGACGUUCGGUCACCGCAGCGCGUUGCUAAGGCGCCACGUGAACACGGCACGCCCCCAAUCUCCUCGCGGCACCGAACUCGAGUGGAUGAAACAGCGCGACCCGUACUGCAACGUGAGCGAGUCCAUAGCGGCCAAGAUUGGCCUAAGCUUGCACCGCCAGCAGCACCACCCGCUCCACAUCAUCAAGACGAAGAUCGAGAGCUACUUUCACGAGCUGCACUGGAGUGAGGGGGGCCCUGUCUUUAGUGUGUUUGACAAUCUGGACCCGGUCGUGACAACCUACGACUGCUUUGACUCGAUGCUGGUGCCCGAAGACCACAUUAGCCGCAAGAACACCGACACGUACUAUGUCGAUCAGAAUCGCGUGCUGCGAGCACACACGAGUGCGCAUGAAGUGGCGAUGAUGAAAAAGGGUUUCACGUCGUUUCUAGUCUCGGGUGACGUCUACCGGCGCGACGAGAUCGACGCGAGUCAUUACCCGGUGUUCCACCAGAUGGAAGGCGUGCGGAUCUUUUCGGAGCUUGAUCUAGCGACAGAACGUGAACAUAAAGUAGUGUACGUGAAGGAGGAGCUGAAGAAAACACUGGAAGGUAUGGCAAAGGAGCUGUUUGGUGAUGUCGAGAUGCGCUGGGUGGAAGCGUACUUUCCCUUUACCGAUCCAUCGUUUGAGUUGGAGAUUUUCUUCAACGACAACUGGUUGGAAGUGCUUGGCUGUGGGGUCCUGCAGCAGGAGAUUGUGCGUAAUGCUGGACUUGGUGAAAACGUCGGCUGGGCUUUCGGACUUGGCCUUGAGCGCCUCGCUAUGGUUCUGUUCGAUAUCCCUGAUAUCCGUCUGUUCUGGUCUCAAGACGAUCGAUUCAUUUCGCAGUUUCAGGAUGGCCAGAUUACAAAGUUCAAGCCGUACAGCAAGUAUCCGGCGUGUUUUAAGGACGUGAGCUUCUGGCAUGGUGAUGAUUUCCAUGAAAACAACUUGUGCGAAGUCGUGCGUGACGUUGCUGGCGACAUGGUUGAGCAAGUGGUCGUCUUGGAUGAAUUUACGCAUCCAAAAACUCAGCGCAAGAGCAGGUGCUACCGCAUCACUUACCGCCACAUGGACCGCAACCUCACAAAUAAAGAGGUUGAUGACAUUCAGGAGAUCAUACGCAGCAAGAUCGUGAGCGAUCUAGGUGUUGAGCUGAGAUAG